AUGGCCAUCACGCCGACUCAAUUCGCCAAAAAGACGACGCAAUCGGCCAGCUGGGCGGACGCGAAGCGCCGAGUGCUCUACUCUUACCGCGAAUGGAUCCGAGCCGCCCCGGAGAUCCAAACCAUGUACAACAUGCCCAUGCCCAUCUCGGCCAUCCGAACCCGGGUCAGGCAGGAGUUUGAGCGAAACCGAUACGUGUCCAAGCUUCCCGUCGUGGAUGUGCUUCUCUUCAAAUCCCACGCUGAAUACCAAGAGACGAUGAAUUUUUGGAAGCAGACCACCCACGUCAUGUCCUACUUCAAGGAAGAGAAUUUUAGAGGCGAUAAGAGGCUACCGUCGAGCUUCAUGACGGGGUUCUUGGAGGGUCGGAACUGA